AGGGCGCCCAUCUUAUAGGUCUCGUGUCGGACAAUGUCGAUGACCUCUUCAUUUUCCAUUACCCCAACUAGUGACAUAUUAAAUUGGGGAGUCAUUGGAUGUGGAGAUGUUGUCGAAGGCAAGUCGGGCCCUGCUUUUUCCCGAAUUCCAAGCUGCCGUCUUGUCGCUGUAAUGCGCCGCAACAAAGCACUCGCCGAAUCCUUCGCUCAUCGUCACAAUGUGGCAUCCUUCUAUACGGACGCACGGGAAAUUCUUCGAGAUUUAGACGUCGAAGCAAUUUACUUGGCCACACCUCCAGGCACGCAUAAAGACCUUGCACUGUUGUGCGCGGCUGCGGGAAAGCCGGUAUUGGUCGAAAAGCCCAUGGCUCGUUCUGCUGCUGAAUGCCGCGCCAUGUUAUCUGAAUUUCAGCAUUCAGACUUGCCCUUGUUUGUCGCUUAUUAUCGUCGCCAUCUCCCAAAAUUUGAGCUCGUCAGAGAUAUUUUACAAAGCAAAAACAAACUAGGUCCCAUUACGGAGAUACGCGCAUUUUGUGCGCGGCCAUCUUCAGGAUCUGACUGUGAGGAGUGGCGAGUGGACGCCUCGGUGGCCGGGGGGGGGCUCUUCCUUGAUCUGGGAAGCCACAUGCUGGAUCUGUUGGACUGGUGGUUUGGGCCUUUACAGGAUGUGAAAGGGCUCGCCGCCUCCACCAAAGGAAAGGGGUCCUCCUACGACUCCGCUUUGGAUGAAGUUGAGACACACGUAGAAGAUCAAGUGCGCAUGCUCUUUCGUACAGGGUCUGGGGCCGUGGGAGUUGGCUCUUGGAAUUUCUCGUCUCAUUGCAGCGAGGACUAUAUCGAGAUUAUUGGGGCUGAUGGUGGUGUUAAGUUCUCGGUAUUCGAUAACGGACCGGUCUUUCUGAAAAGACGGGGCUGUGGCGAGGAGGACGAAAUCGAAGUCAUCGACAACUUCGGCCCUGACUUCUCUCCCCAUGUUCACCUUCCUCUUAUCGCCGCAGUGACAGAAGACCUGCAGGAUUGGAAAAGGGCACGGGAAGUGGCCCGGCAAGGUAGGAGUGUCAUGAAGGAAAUCUCCGAAUGGAGGUGUCGCAGCACGGGGGCGUCGGCACUGCGCACGAGUGAAGUGAUGGACACAGUAUUAGCAGCGUAUUACGGAGGGAGUCGAGAUGACGCCUUUUGGGAGAGGCCUCAAAGUUGGAGCAAAUCAUAACCUUAUAAGCAGAAUCAGAAGUUUUAACGUAGGGUUGAGUAAUGUAGAAAAAAAAACAAGAACGGUAACG